AUGAUCUCUCUCCAUCCCCAAGUCUUGUCUCCAAACGACGACACCAGUCCAUCGGAGGUUCUUCGAUUACUGGAAAAAUAUCCUCCUCGUCUGCCCCGUUAUGCCUAUGGCACUGCAGGAUUUCGAUAUGAUGCUACCGUCAUGGAUGCCGUGCUGGUUCGCGUCGCCGUCUUUUGUGCGUGGUGGUAUCCUCAGUUGCAGGCUGGUAAUGGCACUGCUCCUGAGACGAUUGGAAUCAUGGUGACGGCUUCGCACAACGAUGAAUCCUAUAAUGGCGUCAAACUGGUAGCUCCCAAUGGAGAAAUUUUGGCAGAUCCAAUCGUCCAAGGACAGUUGACAGACUGGGUCAAUAGUGACAGCACUGAAAGUAAUCAGGCAGGAUCCAAACAUCCCAUUCGAGUCUGGAUCGAACAGCAAUCUACCAAUACCAAAUCACCACCAACCUGCAUCAUUCACAUUGGCCAUGACACUCGCUCCCAUUCGCCUUCCUUGACAGAGUUGGCAGUGAAAACAAUCCGUGCUCUUGGAGGACAAGUCAUUCAUCAUGGGGUCGCCACCACGCCGCUAUUACACCACGCCGUUUUCCAUCAAAAUCCACAGCGUGUGCCCAGCAUGAUACCCAUUCGACCCGAUGCCGUGGGAUAUUAUCAGCUCUUAUCAUGGUCCUACUUGGCACUGCUACAAACAGCAGCAGCACAGGAUUCCAAUAGUAAUACGACAAAACGACUGGUUGUGGAUUGUGCCUGUGGAGUCGGAUAUCCUUCUGUAAAAUUGUUCCAAUCCACUCUUCAAGGCGUAAUAUCGCCGACGUGUCCGGCUGCUCCCACAGAAUUUUACUGCAUCAAUGGACCCACCCAUGGUCCACUCAAUGAAAAUUGUGGAUCGGAGCAUGUCCAGAAAUCUAUGGCAGCCCCGCAAUGGUAUCGCGACGAAAGUAACAGUGACGCACUGCCAUGGGAGUAUUGUGCUGCCGUCGAUGGGGAUGCCGACCGAAUUGUCUUUUUCCACAAAAAUAGCCAUGAAUUCUUUCUCCUCGAUGGAGAUAAAAUCACCGUCUUGAUUUGUGAAUUUCUACAAGCCCAAGUCGCCGCAUUGAAACAGGCUUGUCAGGAACAGCAGCAGCAAGGAGGCAAUAUCAACAACAGUAUGGGUCAGUUGACCUUGGGGGCUGUGCAAACGGCCUAUGCCAAUGGGGCUUCCACCAAGUAUUUGAAGAACAUUCUUGGCUCGGACAAUGUCUUGAUUGCCAAGACUGGCGUGCAGCAUGUCCACCACGCGGCCAAGUCCUUUGACAUUGGGGUAUACUUCGAAGCCAAUGGACAUGGCACGGUUGUCUUUGGGCCACAAUUCUAUUCCUAUAUUGCGCAGGCUGAAGCACUGUUCAUGGCAGCAGAAUCACCCAGACCACUCUCGCUCCAGCGGCUGCGGGUCUUGCCGGCACUCAUCAAUCAGGCGGUGGGUGAUGCCGUCAGCGACCUUUUGUUGGUGGACGCCAUUCUCCAUAUCAAAGGAUGGGAUUUGAAAGCAUGGAACCAGCUUUACUCGGAUAUGCCCAGUAGGAUGAGCAAGCUCAAAGUUACAGAUCGCAAUGUCGUCAAGACAAACGAGAACGAUACAAUCUGCCUAGCUCCAGAGAAUGUUCAGGAAGAAUUAAAUGCGGCAAUGAAGGAGUGGAAUGGCCGUUGCUUUGUUCGUGCCAGUGGAACUGAAGAUGUCGUGCGCGUCUAUGCAGAGGCUGAAACACGGGAUGCUGCUGACCAGUUGUCCGCCAAAGCCGAAUACAUUGUUCAUACGUUGUGUGGAGGGGUUGGGGAUCCGCCUAAGUUCCCAGCGAGUCGAAUGUAA